AUGCGCUACGAACAUUGGGACGUUCUCUUGUUUCCUGAGCGCUCCAAGGUUCCCGUCCAGGAGUUCAAGACACAAUGUUUUGUUACGAGAGAAAAAGAGUCACCCUAUCUCCAUAAUCCUUCUAUUAUCAACCCUGCAUCCUACUGGCUUCAACACUCCAACCUGGGCCAGCUGCCCGUUCUGACCACCUUCAUCCCCAGUCUACCACACAAUACGCCAUUUCGAGUGUCUAUCCAUAGUUGGGAGAAGCCGCGGCCCAGUCGGGUGAUGGAGAGUCUCAUGCAGCCGGACGACUCGGUCUUUUACGAGACGAGGGUCUUUAUCGAUGGACUCUGUGUCGCGGGCACUGUUUUUGGGCAGAGAACUACCUGGCCACAUGUCAUUGAGUUCAGUUCUCAUGUGGACAAAAGCGGUAACCAGGACCAUCUCCGGUUCCCCCCAUUCCACCAGGAGAUUUUGGAACAGAGACACUGGGAUGCGGGUGAGCUUCACGGAAGGAUCAGAAUUGUGAUAGCGGAGGGAUUUGCUCGACCCCACCGUUCUCCGCCUUUUGAACGUGUCAAGGAUAUCAUCUCUUUCUCCUUCCAGCAUGCCCCUCUGCAUGUCUUGGAAUAUUCUAAUAUUGCUUGGCCAAAUGCUGGGAUGUGGACUCAAGCCCCUCGGAAUGUCUUCAAGUACCAGACAGGGAGCACAUACGGUGACUUCAAAGAGGCAGAAGAUACCCAUGCCCAUUCUCCGACAAGACAUGAAACCAGGAACGCCGGUGCAGCAAAUAUUCCGAGUGACAACCAAUCCCUCUACAACGCAUGGUUGUAUCGGAACCUCCAAGCUCCAGCUGCUUCUCCUUGGCAGAACAGUAGUCCUAGGGAGCCAGGAUGGCCUCCUUCCCAACCCCAACAACUUCCUCCUCCUGGACCCCAUGAGCUUUUCAUCCCGGAUCCAUUCAUCGAGCCAUUCAUGCUCGAGCAGCCUGUGCGUCGAAAUACCAAAACAUCCUUGGAAGACAUUUCGAUGCCUGAUUAUGCCAGCUCGGCGAGUAGCCGCGCCAUUUCAAGCAUGACCGGAGUUAGCUAUGAGCACAGCAAGCAGCCGAGCAUUGCCGCCCCCACGGAUGAAGAGCAGUUUGAUCAACUGGUGAAGUCUGAUGCUCCGGUAAAUUUCGUUGCCGGUAAUGCUCAGGAGACCCCCACCGUGCCAUCAUCCAUCUUACCGAUGGGAACUAAGCCUUCUGCAGCUGCAGAGGCACGUUCUGCAUCCUACGCGAGGACACGUCGAGCAUCUUCACUGAAAGAUCUUUCACAGCCCCCCACCAGAGAGGUAUCAGGCUCAAGCGUUAAAUCGAUUCCACAGCUAGAAACAACGGCAGAGAUAGGACAGUCGACAAACAAACUCCACGUCAGUCCAUGCGGCCAAGUCAGAAGUAAAAAGGAAGCGGCCUCUCAGGAAAACAGGGACAACGAGAUGAUCUCAAAACGCUGCCAGAGACAGACCCCAAAGGAUGGAAGUUCUCCAUCAAAGACUGUGCCUCGUAUGAGCGAGAACAUCGAUAUUUUUAGUGAGCCCAAGAGAAAGAAAGGUUCCGACCCGGAAUUUGAGGAGCUCAUGCAGGAAAUGGUACAUAUCACAAAAGAUGAUGCUAUUACUAUUACCCUCAAAACUACUCCCCGAACUGAGGCAGGUGAUUUUGGCGAGGACGACAGUUUGGAGGAUCUCCUUAACCCCCAGGCUCAGGUUAAGAAAGCCAAGGUCGAGUUUGAAGUCAUUGACUGA